AUGAUCAUGCUCGAGGGUCCGGAAGGGGGCAGCAGCCACAAGGAGAAGUGUUCCCUGUGCUUCUGCUACGUCUGCAACCGGCUGGCGAGCCAGUGCCUGGUGGUGUGGUCCGACCACUACCACGCCACGGACUCCGGGCCCCGGAAAGGGCUGUGGAAGUCCCUGCGGACACGCGCCAAGCCCUUGCUUCAGGCGGGAAGGCGACCGCUGGUGUCCGGACGCUUCUCGGCGCAUCUCAUGGUGAUGGGGCUUCCUCGAGCAGCGGCAGCAGCAGCAAUGCUGCCGCCGCUUCCGCCGCCACCACGCACAUGCCAAACGACUGCAGCUGCGAGGAGCUGUGCAACCCCGUCCGCCAAGUGUUCCGCCGCUAGUACCCAGCUGUACUCGUACACCCCCGGCACAGCCGCAUCGGCGGCGGUGUACCUCAACGGCCUCACCCAAGCGCAAGUUCAGCACGUGGAGGACAUGUAA